AUGCUGCCGCCAGAGCAGUUGCCUCCAGAGUCCCGGGAGUUAAUUGUGAAAUACUUGAUUGUAUACAGUUACGAAAGGCCUUUCACGCUCUCAGCCAUUGAGGUGGCUACGAUGAUGAUUUUGGAACGGUCAUAUGGCUGGUCACCUGCUCUCUGUGGAUCUUCUUUCAUGGUGGUGGGAGGAGCUAGCACGAUCAUGACUGGCGUCUCCAGCCUCUUGAUUUCCAGGAGGUGGGUCACAGAAUCCAAAGUGUUUUUGGCCGCGUCUGUGGCAUCCCUGAUUGGUGUUUUUUGGCUGUUCGAUUGGAAACAUUUUGGGCCUGGCACGCUGUUAUGGGCCGAUGCCAUGAUCUAUGGUGGCGUAAGCCUUUCAAACGGUGUUGGGCAAGGCCUGGCAACCCGUGCUGCCACGAAGGGCACACAUUACAGCAUCGAGAAGUAUCGCAUGCACAACUUAAUGGCCGUGAACUUGAGCCGCUUUCUGGGACCUAUUGCUGCCCGCUUCGUCGUGGACUUCGGGGGCCGCAACACCUAUGCAGCACUCCAGUUGCUUGUUUGCUUCAUGGGAACCUGCACGGUUUAUCUCACCGUAUGCGUGCUCUGGGCAGGGGGAAGCGGAGCUUCAAAGCCCGAUUCCAGCAAAUGA